GGAAGACGAAGAAUAGGCUGACAGCAGCAGCCCAGACAGUGAUGAAGAGCAUGACCGGGGAGUGUGAUCAGAGAUAAGUGAUCUGCACUGUGUCGCGUACGAUCAGAAAGCUGCUGGAGCUCAGCAGUGUUGGAUCAUGGAUGACCUUGAAGGAGCCGAGCUCUGCUACCCUCAGCUCCUGAACUCAUCCUGCAGGGGUGUAAUGCGUCCUCGCCCUGAGGCUGUCCUCCUCUACACGCUGUUGUCCUGCAUCGCUGUGCUCACUGUAGCUCUUAACCUGUUGGUGAUCAUCUCCAUUUCCCACUUCAGACAGCUUCACACCCCCACCAACCUGCUCCUCCUCUCCCUGGCCAUCUCUGACCUGCUGGUCGGGCUGCUGGUGAUGCCGGUGGAAACGGUGCGGUUCAUAGAAGCCUGCUGGCUGCUGGGUGAUCUCAUGUGUGCUCUGUCUUACAUUAUCGGCUUCACCCUCACCUCAGCCUCUGUGGGGAACAUGGUCCUCAUAUCGGUCGACCGCUUUGUAGCCAUUUGUUAUCCCCUCCAGUACCCCAGCAUAAUCACUCGCAGCAGAGUGGAGCUGUCUGUGUGUCUCUGCUGGGCCUGUUCGUUACUCUACAAUGGGCUGAUUUUAAAGGACCAUCUCAGGCAGCCGGACAGACACAACUCCUGCUACGGCGAGUGUUUGGUGGUGAUUGACUAUGUAUCGGGAACUGUCGACCUGGUGUUCACGUUCAUCGGCCCAUGCUCAGUCAUUGUUAUCCUAUACAUGAGAGUGUUUGUUGUGGCAGUGUCACAGGCUCGCGCCUUGCGGUCUCAUGUUACGGUCGCUGCAGCCCGCGCAGCUCCAGUCACUGCAAAGAAAUCAGAGAAAAAAGCAGCCAGAACUCUGGGUAUCGUCAUUCUGGUGUUUCUGAUGAGUUUCUGCCCUUAUUACUACCCCUCUCUUGCAGGACAGGACAUCUCAAACAGUGUUUCAUCUUGGGCUAUUGUGUCCUGGCUGUUGUAUUUUAAUUCUUGUCUGAACCCGCUCAUAUACGCGUUCUUCUACCCGUGGUUUAGAAAAGCUAUCAAAUUCACUGUCACCCUGAAGAUAAUAGAGCAGGACUCUUCUCAGGCAAAUAUACUUUAAAGUCGCCGUUUUCAUUAUGCAUGUCACCCUGUAAGUGAGAGCGGAAGCAAAAUGAAUCUGCUGUUUUUCAUGUGACAUUAAGUUUAAGUGUCUGAGUUCACAUUUUUCAUUU